AUUACCUGAAUUUGAUGAAACACAAAAAUUGAUUGGCUCUAUGAUUCUCACCGGAGCCGCUUCAACAUUUCCCAUCGUCGCUCGAGUUUUGAACGCUAUGAAUCGCCGUAUGUAUGCUGCUACUACUCUAUCAUCUGCCAAAUCAAUCUCUGCAGAAUCCCUAAAUCUUCGUUCCGAUUCCAAUUCAGAGGCAGCGCAUGGUGCUUCUGAGUCUGAGACUCGAGUCUCUUUAAGGAAGAAGAGGAUAAAGCAGGAUGAUUUGGAGCCUGUAAAGAAAUGUUCCGCCAGAGAAACCAAGGCCCGCAAGGACAUGUGUGGAUUACCUGAUAUAGAAGACUCUCCUUAUAAGAAGACUAAUGGAACUGCUUCAUCUAGGACGAGAAAACUAAACUCAUACAUAAAAUCAACAGAAGCUAGCCCUUCUGCAUCGUCGAUCAAAACAGCAGGGCUAGGCAUACCACCUGAAAACUGGGAAAAGGUGCUCGAGGGUAUUCGAAAAAUGAAACCUUCAGAAGAAGCACCAGUUAAUGCUGUAGAAUGUGAUAGAACCGGAAGCUUUUUACCUCCAAAGGAAAGGCGAUUUUAUGUGCUCAUAGGAACACUUCUUUCAAGUCAGACUAAAGAGCACAUAACUGGUGCGGCAGUAGAACGACUUCAUCAAAAUGGCCUUCUCACUCCUGAAGCCAUUGACAAAGCCGAUGAAUCAACCAUUAAGGAAUUGAUCUAUCCGGUUGGAUUCUAUACUAGAAAGGCUACUAAUGUGAAGAAAGUUGCAAAAAUAUGUCUAAUGGAAUAUGACGGUGACAUUCCAAGGACUUUGGAAGAACUACUUUCACUUCCAGGAGUUGGUCCUAAGAUUGCUCAUCUGGUUUUGCAUGUAGCCUGGAAUGAUGUUCAAGGGAUAUGUGUAGACACACAUGUGCAUCGUAUUUGCAAUAGACUUGGUUGGGUGUCUAAACCUGGAACGAAACAGGUGCUUCUCUAACACCAGGUUUAUGUUGAAGUAUAUAUGGCUAUGAGAUUGAUUUCUUAACACUUGGUAAAAUUUGGUUCUUCUUUAGUUUGCUUAUCUGCUCUUGGUCACCUAUCUCUACUUUGUUCUUGACCAGAAAACCUCGUCCCCUGAGGAAACUAGAGUAGCUCUGCAACAAUGGCUUCCAAAAGGAGAAUGGGUGGCUAUAAACUUUCUGUUGGUAGGUUUUGGACAAACGAUAUGCACACCGCUAAGACCACACUGUGGAACUUGUAGUAUUACUGAGAUUUGCCCUUCUGCCUUCAAGGAGACCCCGAGCACAUCAUCCAAAUUGAAGAAAUCUAUCAAAAGCAAGAAGCUUUAGUUGCUUUGGCUCUGGAUUCUCCUUCUAGAUCAUUGUUAAACCCAUUUUUUGAUUAGUCCUCGGUUAAAGUUAAAUUGUAUCCAAGAUAUUGUAUAGCUUUAUGGGGAAUGCAAGAGCAUCCCACUUGUGUGUAAAACUAAAACUUAUAGAAUGGAAACUUACCCUUAUGAAAGACACUGGGCAAGUACACUUUUAACUGAAUAUUAUGAAA